GUCAAUAGAAAACUGCAUCAUGAUUUAAAAUAAGCUUAUCCAGAACAGUCUCUGAUCCAUCGUCCUCUCCUGGCCACUCACCAAAAACAGGGCCCCGUCAACUACAUCGCCAUGACAUCAUGUCCAACAACCAGCCCUCAGGACAAAUAAAUAGCCAUCAUGCAGACAACCAAGCCAAUUCACCUGGUACACUGCCAGGGUAGUCUAUAUUACAGUGUACAUACUACUCCAGGCUAUGCGACUUCCUAGACCUUACCUCUGCCACUCCAGACCCCUGCCACGUCCAACGCCACCCUCCCUAUUCAACCGCAUCAGCUUCAUCCAUUUCCAGCCCACAGCAGCUAAAAUGGCAAACAACACUCAAUACGGAGGCGAUCCUCUCCCCGAUGUGGGCGCCACCUAUCCCUCUCAGAACAAUCAAUCCAAAUCCGGCGAAGACGACUGGACAAAGCGUCCGCCCUACAGCAUCCGCUCCCCUGAGGAAUUCGGUCCCGUGAAAUGGCGUGGGAAAUGCCAAUGCGGCCAGGUGACUUACCAACUAAGCCGGGACCGACCAUUGAAGUCUAAAUUCUGCCACUGUCGGGGCUGUCAAGUGACGCAUGGCGCGCCAUUCCAAUGGGCGGCUAUUUUCCAUAAAUCUGAUCUCGCUUUUACGAAGGGGGCUGAAGGCCUGUCGUUCUACUCCUCCACAAAUGACACCCAGGAGUAUAAGCUUCCGACUAAGGUGUAUUGUUCCUAUUGUCGAUCCCCUAUUAUGGAUGAGGGUCGGAACGUCUGCUUGAUGUUUCCGCAGGCCAUCGAGAGCGCUGAUCAUGAUGAACAUCGACAGCACUGGCGCGAAGCCUUUGAACCAGAGUGAGUGGUCCUUGGGGUGCCGGCUUAGAUUGCAUGAUGCUUAUGAUGUCGUAUAGGUGCCAUAUUUUCUACGGCAAGCGAGUCCUGGAUAUUCCAGAUGGGAAGCCAAAGUGGUCGGGAAUUGAUGAGCAAAGUGAUCUUUUGGAUGAGCAAGGCCGCAAGAAGGAAUGACUGGA